AUGCAACCGCCACCACCUCCCAUAUGUAUUUCCCGAGUAUCCCGUUAUUCCCGAAUGUGGCGCCAUUUCGAUGUCGGACUCUACCGUUUCCUGAGAGAUCAAGUUUACAUACCACUACUCAAACCAAAGCUACCCACAACAUUAGGUAUACUUAGAAGCCUAGGUACACUUGUGGCAGUUUUUGGAGUAGUGCUGGCUUGGCAUGGCAUCAAAACUCACUACAUUUGUUGGGUGUCCCUAUCAGCCCUUGAGCUCAUAAUGGAAAAAAUUGGCCGCUCUAUAUGGCGCACCAACUCUUUCCAAAAUCUGCGAAAUGCAAUCGGAGACUUGAAUACCAGAAGGUUAAUCGCUGUGGCGAUGAUAAUCACUGUCAUUCCAGGUACUUCAUAACC